UGUCAAACCCGCAGCUAUUUCUAUUUGUGUAAAGUGACAAAUGAUUGUUAUCACUGUAUAUCGUAUGAAGACUAUAUACUGUAUUAUUGAUUCAUUGUUUUUUGUUUGUUCUUUUAAAGGAAUGAGUACGUCCUCAAAACUAUAAUAUAUCAUUGUGUGGAUUGAAUCAUACUGUGUGGUUUACUUUCAAGUAUUCAGCAACAAUGUUUCUAUUGCUUAUUAUAGUCACAACCCUUGGCACUUUGAUAGCUGAUGAUGCAAUGAGUGAUGGAAAUCUUCAAUGCUUCAACGACUAUGACAAAACUAUGGUUUGUCAUUUUACAACUGACAAGUCUAAGUGUGCUGAAUACAGCAUGACAUUGAAAAAAUUGGACGCACAAAAUGGAGGCAAGAAUGAUUGUACUUUCAAGGAAAAGGAGAGGUCCAAUGAUGUUUCCAAAUGUGGAUGCUCUAUUGAUCCAAUGCACCUUAUUAUUGGGGAGGAGUUUAAUGCAACACUUUGGAAUUCUGGGAAGCGCUUAAAUUCCGAAGUCCUCAUUAUCAAAUCCACCAUAAAACCCAAAACCCCCACCAUCCAAGAUGUGAAACCAACUGAAAAUGGGAAUUUCCUGAUCAAAUGGAAGACAAACUACACUAAUAAUAAAGAGUUUUCUAAGAACUUGAUUGCCGAAUUGAGGUACAGAAAGAAAGGAGAAACAGAUGAGGUGUCCAAAAAUGAAUCAACAACUUCCUAUGAAUUACUUGGCAGAGACUUGGAGCCAAACACCAUUUAUGCUCUGAAGGUCAGAACCUAUACUGACCUGGGCGGCCGUUUCAGUGACUGGAGUGAAGAGUUGGAAUUCACUAACCCUGCAUCAUCUCGGAAAGUGCUCCAGAUUGUCAUUGUUUUCAGCUGCAUUGCUGUUAUCAUCAUCACAAGUGCUUUGUUUUGGUGCAGUGUUAGACUCAAAACCAAGUGGUGGGAUAAUAUUCCUAAAUGUUCAAACCCAGACCUUUUGUAUAUGGUUCCAGCAGUACCUAAGGUAUUGUCUCCUCCCAAAAUACUUUUAUCCUCCAUCUAUGUUGAUUCUUCAAAAAUGGACACAGAAGAAAAAACAUGGACAAACCCCUCGACAGUAGAUGGGAGCAGUGGAAGAGGCCGUGGCUCAGAGCUUGACUCAUCGUCUUCCCUGGGUCAUGCCCACACAUGUCCCACGAGCCCGGAGCCUAGUAAUGUGCAGAUCAUUAGCCAUCUUCAAGAGGCCCUGAGCAAAGUCUUUCCCAGCCUUGUUCCUUUGGAUGGGAAUCCUCAGUCAUUGCUCUUAGCCCCUCCUAUGACAGAUGAUGGUACACAAAUGAACUGCCCUGAGUCAAAUCGAGACAUUGGUGUGUGUUCACCUGACUACAAUCCUCGUCAUUUCAUGAGUGAGUCUGGAGGCUCUUGUUACAACAAUAUUACCUACUCCCCCUCAGUACCCCUCAACUCCCUUCAAGAGUUAACAAGCAAGACGUCCUCAUUUCCUACGCGGCCUCUGCUCUUUUGUAACUCCUCCUACUAUUCUGGUGAGGCUGAAGUGUUGAGAAAUGGCCAUCCACAGCUGUUUCUUGGUACUGGUCAACAAGACCUUAACUUGUCCACUAACUGUGAACCCCUCUUGCAAACCGACAAUUCAUUUCACCCGUGUGAUGGCGCCAGUGAUGAUUCAGAGACUACCAGGUCAUCAGAGGACACCAGUCUGAUCUACGGUUCUAACGUGUCCGAUGUUAUCAGUGUCGUUGCUGGAUAUCAGAGCUUCAGUGAGGCGGUUGGUAAGGACAGUGAGAGAGGAACUGAUGCCUUCAUAGAUGUGCCACUGCCACUUAAGGGUUUCCAGGAUGUGGACAGAGAGCCUCUGAUUUACGAUGUGGAUCCAUGUUACCACAGCCUGCCUGAUGCUGGAUGCAGCCUCCCCCCGAGUGAUGGCAAUUAUCAGGCUUUACAGAGCCUGGGACAAAAUUGCCCAGAUCAGUGGGUUUCAGACAAACUGCUGAACAAGUGUCUGGAGACUGAGAUCCCUCAAAGCUCCAUGGGGAACAUGCCUCUAAAUGUCAUACCCAACUCACAGGGAGGACAAUGUCAGAUACCUGAAAGUCCUUUUCUUACUGUUUCUGUUCAGACCAAGCCAUGCAAAUAGACAAUGACAGCUCUUAUCAUUGUGUGUGAUUAUACGGUAGACACUUUUGCACUUCACAAUUUCUUUUAUUUUGGGGACUUGAGCUCAUAUAUAUAUAUGUUUUUCUAUAUUAUACAAACAGUUUGAAUACCAUUCUGCCAUGAAAAUGCUGUAGUCUCAAGUUCAGAAAUGUUCCAUUGCAUCUGAUGCUUGAUAGACAAAAUAGUGUUAACAGUACAACCCUCAAGCAUGAGGUUGAAUUUCUGAAGAAAAAAGUGGCCUAGUUCCUUAUUGCAUUGUUUCUUGAAACAAGUACAUUGCGGCUUCCAUGGAAAUACACGCCCACAAACUAGAGCCAGCCUCUGAUGUCAUAGAUGUGUUGCGAAUAAGGUUAAACAAAAAAAUUGGCUUUGUUUAGGGUUAUAUUCUGAGGAUGAAGUUCAUGUUUUGUAUUGUUUAUUGUAGAAAACAUAAACACUUUUUUCCCUUCAAAGCUCUUUGCUUAACUGGCGAAGCUUGAAUAAAGACUACCUGACUAGUGAUGCACAUAGCGAUGGUUUAUCAUGCAGAAAAUAGUGAGGCGUUUGCCAGUUUAACCAUCAAUAAUAUUAUACGGUUAGAAUGACUGAGGCAUUCAGCAUCAUUUCUUUCACUGUAUUGUGGCGGUUUUGUGACAGGAUGUUUUUGAACAAAGGCCAAGAUAGAAGUGUGGAGACAUCGGAGGGGAUUGUGUAAGGCCAUUUCCACAGAGCCACAGGUCUGCUAUGCCAACUUGUCAUAUAUUGAGCAAGCAUACAGGAAUGCAUGGUGGCAUUCACAGCUAUGUCAUUCUUCGAAUGCUUUGGACAGGCAAUGCAAGUGAUGGAAAUUACUUUUCACAGGCUUCAUUGCUAAAUUGAAUUUUGUUGAGGAUAAAAAGGCAGCUCAAAGGUUUUCUUGAAAAUGUGUCAUGGGCACCACUUUCUGUCAAUAGCUCAAAUACCUAUGUACUUCUCUGUGUUGCAGGUCUGUUAAGCUUCGGUCCAGUUAGUUUUAGAAAUACCAGGUGAGCACCUGUAGAUUCGAAUAGGUAAUGUACAUUUCAGGACUUAUACCCAACAUUCUUCUUUAUGUUUGUAUGCAAAGGAUCAAGUUGCACAAUUGACUAGAAAAUAGCACAAAGGAAGAACACUUUAGGAUUCUGAUUAUAAUGCAAUCAAUAUUCAAUUACCUGUGAAGUACUGUGGGACCUCUGGUGCCCUCACUGGUCCCGCGCUUCUCUAAGGCUCCUCAUCCACCUCUUUGAUUUAUGGGCCCUGCUCUUGAACCUUGCUUGGAAAACAAAUGAACUGUAGUGAUGUCACAUCUUCCUGCCAGUGAGCAACAUUAAAAUGUCCUUUUUAGAGGGAGAAAAUAUACAUCACUUUUAUAGAGUACUAACAAUUAAAUCACUUUUAUCUGGUUCUUUUUAGCUUUCUAGCUAAAUUGUUGCAAGUGUAAUAAAAUGUUUGGCAAAGAAGCAUUUUAAGGUGAGCAUUUGUAAUGGAAAUAUUUUAGGCUGAAAGUCUGCAUCACCUUUAGCAAUAUGUACCCAGUGGUGUAAAGUACUUAAGUAAAAAUACUUUAAAGUAGUUUGAGGUAUCUGUAGUUUACUUUACUAUUUAUAUUUUUGUCAACUUUUACUUUUACUCCAUCACAAUCCUAAAGAAAAUCAUGUACUUUCUACUCCAUACAUUUUCCCUGACACCCAAAAGUACUCAAUACAUUUUGAAUGCUUAGCAGGACAGGAAAAUGGUCUAAUUCACACACAUAAAGAGAAAAUCCCUGGUCAUCCCUGCUGCAUCUGAUCUGGUGGACUCAAUAAACACAAAUGCUUUGUUUUGUAAAUUA